GGUACUCGACCGGCCUCCCGGGGGAUGGGCCACCAAGAGCCCCCGCUGGCCCGAGUACGGGCGGGAGGUGCGGCUUAUAUAAACAGGUUAUGUAAAGGGCUCAGCUGGCGCGAACACGUGGAGAGCCGCGGGAGCCCGGACACCCGGUUCUCCCCCGCCAGCGCCGCUGCCACCCCCCGCGCGGCAGCAGGCUUCGGAGCACACUCGGCCCGGGCCGCCGCCUCUGGCGCCGCUCUGUACAGGAGGCAGCCCUGGCCGGGAGCGGACCAUCCCCAGCCCGGGACGCCAGGGGGGAAACGGGCCGCCCGGAAGUGGAGGGGCGCCGGCCAGGUCACAAUCCAAGGUCCCGCUCCUCCACGUCCCGGGGCCGGACGGAGGGAUGAGGCAGGGGGGACCCGGGCAGCGCCGUUGCUGCUCCCCCCGCCGCCCGCAGCCAUGGAAACGGGGGAGGAGGACGGCGCCCGCAGAGGUACACAAAGCCCCGAGCGGAAAAGGCGAAGCCCUGUGCCGCGGGCGCCCAGCGCGAAGCUGAGGCCGGCAGCGGCCCAGGCCAUGGAUCCGGUGGCAGCCGAGGCCCCGGGCGAGGCCUACCUGGCGCGGCGGCGGCCAGAGGGCGGCGGCGGGUCGGCGCGGCCGCGGUACAGCCUGUUGGCAGAGAUCGGGCGCGGCAGCUACGGCGUGGUUUACGAGGCAGUGGCCGGGCGCAGCGGGGCCCGGGUGGCGGUCAAGAAGAUCCGCUGCGACGCCCCCGAGAACGUGGAGCUGGCGCUGGCCGAAUUCUGGGCCCUGACCAGCCUCAAACGGCGCCACCAGAACGUCGUGCAGUUUGAGGAGUGCGUCCUGCAGCGCAACGGGCUAGCCCAGCGCAUGAGCCACGGCAACAAGAGCUCGCAGCUUUACCUGCGCCUGGUGGAGACCUCGCUCAAAGGAGAAAGGAUCCUGGGUUAUGCUGAGGAGCCCUGCUAUCUCUGGUUUGUCAUGGAGUUCUGUGAAGGUGGAGACCUGAAUCAGUACGUCCUGUCCCGGAGGCCGGACCCAGCUACCAACAAAAGCUUCAUGCUACAGCUCACGAGCGCCAUUGCCUUCCUGCACAAAAACCACAUCGUGCACAGGGACCUAAAGCCAGACAACAUCCUCAUCACGGAGCGGUCUGGCACCCCCAUCCUCAAGGUGGCAGACUUUGGACUAAGCAAGGUCUGUGCUGGGUUAGCCCCCCGAGGAAAAGAGGGCCAUCAAGACCACAAAAAUGUGAAUGUGAAUAAAUACUGGCUGUCCUCAGCCUGCGGCUCCGACUUCUACAUGGCCCCCGAAGUCUGGGAGGGACACUACACAGCCAAGGCCGACAUCUUUGCCCUGGGCAUUAUCAUCUGGGCAAUGAUAGAAAGAAUCACUUUUAUUGACUCUGAGACCAAGAAGGAGCUCCUGGGGACCUAUAUCAAACAGGGGACCGAAAUCGUCCCUGUUGGCGAGGCGCUGCUAGAAAACCCAAAGAUGGAGUUGCACAUCCCCCAGAAACGCAGGACUUCCAUGUCUGAGGGGAUCAAGCAGCUCUUGAAAGAUAUGUUAGCUGCUAACCCACAGGACCGGCCUGAUGCCUUUGAACUUGAAACCAGAAUGGACCAGGUCACAUGUGCUGCUUAAAAUUCAGGGCAAAGCAUCUUGAGUGUUUUGAAACUAGGUUGAUCCUCGGGACCCACAGUCUCAUCACGUCUCACACAGAGGACGGCAGAGCAUGCAGGCGGCGGCUUGGUCGGUUGGCGAUCUCCCAACAGCUGGAUCUCCGACAAUGUGAAGCUUUUGUUUGGGAUUUCCCCCCUCCUUUUAGUUUCGCUUCAUUUUUUUUUUUUUUAAUCUUAUUUCAUUUUUUGUCCUUUUUUUUUCUUUUUUCUUUUUUUCUUUUUUUUUUUUUAAUUUAAACGAUUAAGACUUCAGAAGAGCAAGAAACUAAUGCUGUGGAGAAACGACACGGACAAAGCAUAUGUGUAAAUUUCAUUUUUAAUUUUUAUAAGGGGUUAGGGAGCUAUUUUGUUUUGUUCCUUUAUUUUCCCUCUGUCUUCUUGGUUUUACCCAUCCCCCGGUUCUGCUUCCAACACCUCACUUCCUCAGAGCGGGGCGGGGGGUCGGUCCCACCGCGGGGGCGUGAAGACAGGAGGCGGCCUGCGGGCUGUCCUUCCGUGUCCCCCACCAGACGCGGGCACUGCCGUGCUGCUCCUCGCUCGCCCUCGGGCCUUAGAAAUGAUCAGAGGCGAAGAACCACCUGGAAGAGGAAGACAGGGUUUGGCCAGGAGAACUCAAGAAAGUCCAAACUGCGGGUUUGUUCUCUUUCGGCUUCUGGAAACUCUGGGCCACGCCAGGACACGCAGUGGUGGGAGUCCGCGGGCGGCGGGGGCAGGUGGGGAGAUGGAGGUAACUCCCCCCCUCUCCUCCCUCCCCCAGCUUCCUAGUGGUUGAGUGUCAGCCCCGCCCAGCUCGACAAGCCUACCUUUCUGUUAUCGGGUCUCCCUCCCUGAGGAAGACCCCCCCCCCCCCCAGGAAAAAACUAUUGUGCCAAACCUCUACCUGGGACACGGCCGGGUCUUCCGCAGGCAGCUGUCACUCCUGUGAGGUCAGCACCCGUCACCUCCUGCCUCCUGGAUCGUCCCCCCUUCCCACAUGUGCCCGCCAAACGUCCCCGUUGUCACAGAGACUGCCUGAGUCCCUGAGAUCCCGUUGUGACCAUUGCCAUAAGAACAGGGUGUCCUGAACUGCCUGCCACUGUCCUCUCCCCGUGAAGGGUGUGCCCCGCGUGUGGGCCUGUGGUAUCACGGCCGGAGACCGGGUCAGGUGCCGUCUUCCUCACCCCUAGGGACUUACUGUUAGGUGUCCCCACUCAGCGUAAGCGUGUCUGGUGAGGAAAGAAGGGACCUGCCGAGAGCAGAGAAGGGGACAGGGUAGACCCCCUGCAGCUGUCAGGUGCCCGUUUGUGACCUGCCACCUUAAAGCUUCCCCAGCGCCACCCCGUGGACCUCACCACCAGUGUCUGCUCGGGCUGUGGUCUGUCUGGCCGCCCAUGCUCUCUGGCAGUGCUCUCGCAGCUCCCUCCUCUCGGGCUUCUGAACCCUGGCAGGGGCAUGGGGACUGGCCUUGUGUGGUCCCUGUCACCCAGAAGCUGCUGGGGCCACUUCAGAGGCUUUUCACCCCCUAACGGCCAAGCAGGAAAGGGUGUUGGGGGAAGGGGAAAGGAAUUGUCUCACGUUUGUUUUCUGUUCUCUCUAAACCAGCAUAGGAUCGAUAGGGGGAGGUAGUUGGAGGGCAUUCGGGUUGGUGUGUGACCAAGGUGGGGGUCCCCCCCCCGACCCCAAAGCAGCCAUCCUUUGGCCCCGGGAGUUUGGGAGAGACCCACACGACGCCACCCCCCAGACUGCAACCCGCAACACAUUUCGUACUGCUCCCCACGGCCCCCCCCCUCCCCGAGCAGGUGGUUGGCAGCUGGGAGCAGGGCUGCAGGUGCGAGCCGGGCCCUUCCCUUCCUGGUGAGACCCGUUGUGCCCACCUGCCUCCUCUCGGGCGCCUCGGGGUUGAGCAGCGCAGUGUCCCUAAUUACAGCACACUCCCCUUCUCUGCCUGUCGCCCAGCCCCCACUUCCCCUCGGGGGGCUGCUGUCUCUGUGUGUGAACGGAUGGGAAAAACAGUCCCCGAACUCGACCCCAGCCCUCCCUGCCUGCGGCCCCUGCCCUCAAGUCCCUGGUGAAGGCUCAGGCCUAACAAGGUAUUUACCUUUUGCUCGACUUUUCCCCCUCUCUCCCCAGGUCCCUUCCCUCCAUCUGGGCGAGGUCUCGGAGCUGCCGCGGUCCCCCUUUGUUACUUCUCUUGGCAUCAGAGUAGCCCCUGUAGGUCCCAGGGUGUCUGUGCCCUUGGACAAGGCGGGUGGCCUGGUAGGGAUAGCCGGCUUCUGCGUGCCCUUCCCUCGCAGAACUCAGCUGAUCCUUGCUUGGUGGCGGGGCCUCCUUCCCUGGCUCAGGAUGGCCCGCUCGUUAGCCCCAAGUGCCUGCCUCUCCACCCCGAAGAGAGCGCCGGCUCUGCCCGCGGCCAGUGGACCAGCUUAGGGUUGGACCCGAGGAGCCCCAUCCUCUUCCUCGGCCACCUUCCCCCUCUUCCCCCCUCCCCCACCCGUCAGCUUCCUGCCUUUUCAUCCUCUCCACCUGCGCAGCAGCUCAGGGGCACCUCAUUCUCCAUGCCACCGCCUUCGGAAGGCCCGUCCAACUUCUAGGAGUUUCCAGACCUUAAAAUAGCAGUCAUUCUCUUCUUGGAUCUGUGAAAAGGUUAGCCCGGAGGACGGAGCUUCUGGGCCUGAGCCCUGUGGGUGUGGGGCUCAGUUCCCCCCUCGGCUCGAGGACUCAGCAAGACAGAUCAUAGUGCCUUAUUCCACUGCCCUCCCUUGACCAGACCUGCUGGCUCCGCCUGAAGCCCGCGGCAUCCCUCUCCCUGUCCGUGUCCAUGUCGUGCCCGUCUGUCACACUCUCAUUCCUGCCCACAGAGAGCCACGAAGGAAGGGUCCCCCUGCUCCCUCGCCCCAUCCCACCCCGAGGGUUGCGGCCAGGCAUAGGGUGUCCUUUAGCUGAGGACAAAAGAACCACCGACUGGACUCUGGCUCUCACCCCCCCAGCAGGUCCCCUCCCUCUUACCUCUAGCCAGGAGGAUGCCGCCAUCUGUUCGCUCAAGACCGGCUCCGUCUGACCCCUUUCUGGGCACCGGGGACUGAGGACCAGGCCUUAGCCUCCUCUCUUCCCAGAGGCAUCAGGACAGGAGGGUGGGAAUUCUUUCCUCCCACCUGGACGUGGCUUGCCCCCGACGGCUGCCCUUCCGAGGAAGUGUGUUCAAUGUUUACUUGAGAAAUACCCUGUUUACAGCUGGAGGAGAAACGUGCCCAACGCUGGCGGAGAUCUGCCUCCUGACGGGGCCUGGCCUCCUUUACGGCACUGCCAGGGGUGGUCCCAGAGCAAAUGAGGGCAGAGACGGCCGGGCGCGCACCCUGACCCCGCGGUGCUAAGACUACCCACUCACCACCUUCCUCGCAGCCUUCUUGCCCCCUGGACAUUCCCCACCUCGACCAUUCCCUUCCUCCAAGGUUCUCUGCUCCUUGACAUAUCAGCUGGCUCCUAGAAAACCAGUGUUAGGUUAUUUUUUGCUUGAGUCUAAGAAAAGGUAGAGCUGGCAUGGUGGGAACGUUCUUUCUAUGCUGUCACAGUUCACCUUUUUAGAAGACGGAUCUUAAUAGGCUGGAUGUCUGGGUUUCAGCCUCAGAGUCUCUUGUGGAAAGUUGGAACCGCAGGAGUUGGGCCUCUACCCCGUAAGGAGGGGACCCCCCAACUCUCUGCCCUCAGCUUGCCCCUUGCUGCCUGGGCUUCCGGCCCUGCCCCCGAAGUGCGCCUCUCACCUUCGAUCCUGCUCGCGCCCCCCUUCCCCCCAAAACACAUCCGGGGACUCCUGGGCGAUUGCUUCCCCCAACUCCUCUCCCCUUCUUUGGCCUGUCCGGUGGCCCCCAGACAGACACAGCACUACUGGAGUCACCUAGGAACCGGUCAGCCUGACCACAGCCAAGCUUGGGGCUGAGGCCAGGCCUUUGGGACGCUGGGCCGGUCUCUGCUCCUGCCCGCCGGGCUUGGUGGGCAGGGACUCGACUCCUGUCUAGAGCGAUGCCCUCAGAAGGGAAAGCAGGAGGGAUAUGAGGGUUUCCUCCACGGCCACCCAUGGAGAAGUGAAUCCAGCUGCCGUCGGUUGCCCCAGGGGGGAGGGGGUCCCCACUUUCCGCGAGAGGCCACAAGAGGAAAGGAAUGUUCAGGAACAUUGUAAAGAAAUCCUUCGUGCCCCAGGGACGUCUUUCAGCAGAGCAGGGGAGCAUUUGCGGGCGAUUUCACAUUCAUGUGGGGCUGACUUGGGGGUGAGGGAGGCACGAAGUAGCCCAGGCACAAAGUUAGCUUCGAAUACUAGUUGAUAAAUCUAUUUUUCUUUAUUUUCUUGUUUUGCACAGAAGCUGGUAAUCUAGGACCUACGUGUGAACAACUUUAUAUGACUAUUUUUUGUACUUGGUUUACUCGGGUUGGUAUGAUACAUUAUAUUUAAGUUCCUUGAACACUGUGGAUCCCCCUAAUGUGUAUGAAUGACUGAGGCUUUGUAAAUUAAGGGACGUUUGUGUGAAUAAAGUUAUUUGAUGGGGUCAAAGAAGCCAUACGUGA